AAUUUAUGUCAAAACAUGCUUCCAAUGUAAAUAAACGUAUCGAGGUUAUUCAAAUCGAACCGAUUUCUUUUGCAUCUGUUUUCUAUCGUUAAAGCAAUUAAUCUGCUAUUUAGAAUGGAAUUAUUCACCGUCCAAAGGUAUGACAUCGAAGUAAAGCAAAAUGAUCCACGUAAAGAAGAACGAAUAUUAGAACGACUCAAGAGGAAUAUUGAGAAAAAGAAAUCCAUAAAGGAAAAGCAGAAAGUGUUAGAAGAAGAACAGACAAGAUUAGCAGCACAGGAGUUGGAUGAAAAUAAUGCAAAAAAUGAAUCGAAACAGGACGAAGCAAUGGAAUUGGAUGAGGCAACAUCGUUUGCGGAAGAUGAAACAAAGGAUAGAAAAUCACGUGAUGUUGGUGAAGAUUUCAUGAUUUUAGGUGAUAAUAAUUUCCAACGAAGAUUAAUAGUUGAUGCAAUGCUACCCAAUUGGCUUGCUUAUCCAACUGUUAUCUCAAAGAAUUUAACUGAAAAGUCAACACCAAUCGAAAAUAUUGACUACAUUUCACCCGAAUUGAAAAAGUGCCUACAAACAAUGAACAUCGAACAUUUGUUUCCCGUUCAAGAGGCAGUCAUACCGUAUAUACUAAAUGUUCACACGAAACCAUCACCAUUUCGACCACGGGAUAUUUGUGUAUCAGCUCCAACUGGUUCAGGAAAGACACUUGCAUAUGCGUUGCCAAUCGUUCAAAAUUUAUCGAAUCGUGUAGCACGCGAAAUCCGUGCGCUUAUCGUUUUGCCAGUAAACGAAUUGGCUGUGCAAGUAUUGAAAAUUUUCCAAAAACUAUGUGAAGCAUCCAAUCUAAAAGUGGCUCUCUUAUCGAAAUUUACACCAUUUGAAAUUGAGCAACAACAACUAGUUGAACAAUUCGAUGGAAAAUAUUACUCGAAAGUGGAUAUUUUGGUGGCUACGAGCGGUCGCUUAGUGGAGCAUAUCCAUUCAACAAAAGGUUUCUCUUUGAAAUCGUUAAAAUUCCUUGUGAUGGAUGAAGCCGAUCGAAUUAUGGAACAAAUUCAAAACAAUUGGCUCUAUCACUUGGACUCACAUGUAAAAGAACAAAGUGAUUCAAUUUUAUCGGGUAAAUCAUUGCUCUUGUCAUACAACGAAUUGGAUAAUAAUGGAUCAAUACCGCACAAACUUCUAUUCUCGGCAACAUUGUCCCAAGAUCCAGAAAAACUUCAGAGUUUAAAAUUGUUCUCGCCAAAAUUGUUUACAUCCAUUGUGAAACCAUUUGAAACGACAGGAGAUAUUGAUGAAUCUAGUGAUUCAAGGAAACGAGGCGAAUUCAUUGGCAAAUACACAACACCAUCCGAAUUGACGGAAAAGUAUUGUCUAACUGAAGCCAAAAUCAAACCGUUGACAUUGUACACACUUCUUAAAGAGAACAAUUGGAAUCGUUUCUUGUGUUUUACAAAUAGCGGCGAGUCCGCUCACAGAUUGUCAUAUGUACUGCAAAGUUUAUUGGGAGAUGAUAUGAAAAUUGAAGAACUCUCAUCGAGCUUAACGCCAAGCACAAGAAAUGCGGUACUAUUGAAAUUUCAAACUGGCAAAGUGGAUGGCAUUAUGUGCUCAGACGCCUUGGCUCGUGGCAUUGACUUUCCAAAUGUAGAUGUUGUGAUAUCUUACGAUGCUCCGCGCCAUGUGAAAACAUAUAUUCAUCGUAUUGGACGAACGGCUCGGGCUGGUAGACCUGGUACAUCAGUAACUCUCUUAGUACCAACUGAAUUAAAUGAGUUUCAGGCAAUCAUUAAAGACGGUGGAAAAGAGAAUGUUGACGAGCUUAAAGUCACUGAUAAUGCAGAAGAAUCAAAGGCCAAGGACUAUGCGACUGCAUUGCAAAAAAUGCAAACGGCAUUGAAACGAGAGAAACAAGUUCAAUUGAUCAAACAAAUGAAUGAGAAAAAUAAAUCAAAUAAUAAACGAAGUGUGAUUGGUCAACUUCAAUCUCAAGUGCAACAAAACAAUUUAACGGGAACGAUUAGUGAUGAGCACAACAUACCGGAGAGCUGGAAAUGGGAAAACUUGGAUAAAAUCAACAAUAAAAAAGAACGAAAGGGAAUAAAUCAAAAACGAAGUAAAAAGAAAACUCAAGUCAACGCAUUGAAAUUAGUAUCGGAAUAACUAAUAAUUAGACUUUCAUUUUGAAUAAAUAUUCUGAUGUGUUGAAAAACAUCUUUAA